GGACCCAAACAAAACCUCAUUUCUGGAGCGGAAACAAAAAAGUUCCCGCCUUUUUAUUUCUGCCUUUGAUUUUUUUUUCCUUUUUUAUUUUUUUAUUUUUAUAUGAUCAAGAUGUCUUUUUUGUCUGCUUAAUAACCUUCUCCAAUUGAACGAGGAAUGCGGGCUCAUAGCAGUGAUUUGUUCCGAGUUCGUGGGGUGGAAUCCAUUGAAAGCAGGUAUUCGACCGUAGAGCUUUCGAAGGAGACGAACGAAGAUGGGGAUUCAAGGGCUAUUGCCGGUGUUGAAAUCGAUAAUGGAACCAAUCCACAUCAAGGACUUGGAGGGUUGCUAUGUUGCUGUGGAUACCUACUCUUGGCUCCAUAAAGGUGCUCUCUCUUGCAGCAAAGACCUCUGCAAAGGCCUACCCGCUUCCAGGCACAUUGAGUAUUGCAUGCAUAGAGUGAAUCUUCUUCGGCAUUAUGGUGUCAAACCUGUUCUUGUGUUUGAUGGAGGUCUUCUACCUAUGAAGGGUGAACAGGAGAAAAAACGUGCCAGGGUAAGGAAAGAAAAUCUUGCACGUGCCACUGAGCACGAGUCAAAUGGGAACAAUGCUGCAGCUUAUGAAUGCUACCAAAAAGCUGUUGACAUAUCACCUUCAAUUGCAUAUGACCUAAUUCAGGUGUUAAAGGAAGAGAAUGUAUGCUAUGUUGUGGCUCCUUACGAGGCAGAUGCUCAGAUGACUUUCUUGGCAGUCAGCAAACAGGUCGAUGCAGUAAUCACUGAGGAUUCAGAUCUUAUACCAUUUGGAUGUCCCAGAAUUAUAUAUAAAAUGGACAAAUUUGGGCAAGCUGUUGAGUUUCGGUAUUCCAAGCUAGAACUGAACAAGGAGUUGAGCUUUGCUGGAUUCACAAAGCAGAUGUUUCUGGAGAUGUGCAUUCUUAGUGGCUGUGACUAUUUGCAGUCACUACCUGGAAUGGGAAUAAAAAAGGCUCAUGCAUUUGUCAAAAAGUUCACAAGUUAUGAAAAGGUGAUUAAGCACCUGAGAUAUAGCACUGCUUCAGUUCCUCCUCUUUAUGAGGAAUCAUUCAAGAAAGCGCUAUUGACUUUCCAGCAUCAACGUGUCUAUGAUCCUGUUACUAAAGAUAUUGUACAUUUAUCCAGCAUACCUGACAAUAUCGGGGAUGAGUUGGACUUUUUAGGGCCAAUGAUACCACAAGAAAUAGCUAAAGGCAUAGCAGAAGGUGAUCUUGAUCCAUUUACCAAAAUGCCAUUAAAGGGAGAGAACAUUGGUGCAAACAAAACUUCUCAACUAAAAAAUGGAGAUCUUGGCAGUGUAAAGAAAAAUUUGGAUUUGCCUGUGCAGAAGAAUCUCCUAACGAAGUACUUUUGCUUUGCCUCUCUUGAGGCGAAGAGGAAAUAUAGGGCCCCACGGAUGUCACCCAAUCAUUCAAGUCCAAGUUGUAACACUUCUGUCAGUCCCACGGACCAUUCCACAGUGGAGGAUACUGCUUCUAAUAUGAACUGCCCAGAGAUAGCAUCGCUGCUUAACCCUGAAAAUGUGAGCAGUGUCGCUUUUCCAAGUGACUCAGUUGACGAUGAUUUUGCCACUGAAGUCCCUGAUUUUCCGGAAUCUCCAAGUCAUGAUGUGGAUGAGACAAGAACUCCACCGCAGACCUUGUUGCGACAACCUAAACAUUCAAUUCAUAAACCUUGUCAAACUCUGCAAAAGGAGCAGGAAAGCAAGCAUGCCACAAAUGCAAUAGAUGAAAAAAUAGGAGUAGAGAAUAGGAAGGCCAUUGUACGGAGUCGGUAUUUUCAGAAUAAAUCAAGAAAAGACGAUGAUGAGGAGAAUAAACAGAAAAGUUUGACGAAGGAUAGUCUUUCCAUUAACACACAUGAGAAUACCUUUCCUGAGAGUGCUUCUUUUGGAGAUGGUUAUUUUAAUGGUAAAGUCAUGAAAAGGAAGAACCCCUCAUGUAACAGUCUUCAAGCAGAAUAUGCAAAACCUAAACAAAUGCGUGCAGAUGCACCUUUUCCGUAUAGUGGUCACAGUGCUUCUAAUCUCAACACAACAUGUACAGAUACAGCUUCAGAAAAUGAUGAAGUAAAAUUUGGAUCCAACAUUUCCCAUUUAAGCCAUUAUUCUGACAUAGCAGAAAAAUCAAUGGAAAGAUUUGUUUCAGUAAUAUCAUCCUUUAAAUUUACUUCAUCUGGUUCUCGAGCGAGUGGUCUCAGAGCUCCUUUGAAAGAUAUUAGAAAUAAUCUUAGUAAUAGGUCAACCGUCGGUGUGGACUUUAGCCAAUUUGCAUUUGUUCCAAAAAAUCACAAGAGUUGAUUCAGAUCUUGCAGCAAACUUUGUAUUUGUCUUUUUGGGAAGAAUUUGUAAUGGCCGAGAAUACAAAUGAUCCAAUUUACUUGCACCAAUUCACUCUAAAGCAACCUCUUUUCGAUGGCCAAUUACACAGAGAUUCAUCUUGGAAUUUUUCAAGGCGUUUGGUUGACAAUGGACCAGUGUGAUCAAGGUGUUUCUCAUCAUACUUGUGUAAGUUUAAUUUCUCAUUUCAUGUUGUAAAAUUCAUUUUCAAAACUAUUCUCUUUCAGAUUACCAAGUUUUUGUUCACCUAUUUGUUGAAUUAAAAUGCUCAAAAAGUCAAUAGUUGGUGCUAAUCUAUUAUGGUUGGUUUUGUCCCUUUCUUUAAUGUUGGGAUUCCAUCUUUGGAAAAAUUUCUAUUUAAUUUGUAUAAGCGAAGAUUUGAUUCAAGGAUUAUGGAAUGGAAGAAAGAACAGUGACCGAGUUCCUUUUUUCUU